UAAAGAUAAUAAUUAUUGAUUGUAUUAAUUAAUUACUAGCGUUUGAAAAAAACUUUAAAAAUACUGAAUCAAAAUGGGUGAACGAAAGGGACAAAAUAAAUAUUAUCCGCCAGAUUAUGAUCCAAAGAAAGGUGGACUUAAUAAGUUUCGUGGCACUCAUGCAUUGCGUGAGCGUGCACGAAAAAUUCAUUUGGGUAUUAUUAUAAUACGCUUUGAAAUGCCAUAUAAUAUUUGGUGUGAUGGUUGCAAGAAUCACAUUGGAAUGGGUGUGCGCUACAAUGCCGAAAAGACUAAAGUGGGCAUGUACUACUCCACACCAAUAUAUAAGUUUCGUAUGAAAUGUCAUCUCUGCGAGAAUCAUAUAGAAAUGCAAACUGAUCCGGCAAAUUUAGACUAUAUAAUAUUGUCGGGUGCUCGCAGGCAAGAAAAUCGUUGGGAUCCCAUACAAAAUGAGCAGGUUGUGCCUGAAACUAAAGAAGUACAGAAACGACUUGCUGAUGAUGCUAUGUACAAGUUGGAACAUCAAGAAAAAGAUAUUAAAGUGGCACUGGAUGCAAAGCCCAUCUUAGAGAAGUUAUACCAAAGAAAUAGCAUCAUUUGGGACGAUAACUAUGAAGCAAAUUGCCGUUUACGCGAGGAAUUUAGGAAAACAAAGAAAGAAAUAAAAGUACAAAAGGAACUUGAUGAGAAACUAUUAGCGAAAAGUAGUCUGGAAAUCACACUUUUACCUGAGACAGCGCAAGACAAGCAAAUGGCUUCGUUAAUGAAACUACAAAGUCGUUCUGCGCAAGAACAUGAAUCAGAGCGACGUUUGGAUUUGUUGAUGCAAUCAAUACUGCCGGGCGCGACUAAAACCACAUUUGGCGGUUUAAAACGAUUGAAAGUGUUAAAUACACAACUGCAACCGAAAGAUUUGGGCAUUAAGAAAAAGUCAGAUACUGCUGAUGUUGCAAUAAAUGAUGGUAGUAGUAAUGUAAAAACGACAACAGCUAAACUACUGUGUGAUAGUAAGGACGCCAAAGAAGAAAACGAACCUUUAAGUGAUUCCAGAAAUUCGGUUGUAAGUUCGGUUGCUACCUCGAAUAAUGAUAGUGAAGUAGAAGUAACAUUAUUAGACUUUCCAAAAGGUUUAUCGUCUAUUUGUGAUUAUGCCAGUAGUAGUUCCGGGGAAGAAAGCCAGGAGAUGUAAAAAUGAUCAUUUGAGUAUUGCGCUUUUACCACAAAAGAACCACAACAGAUUAAAGUUAAAAAGUU